AUAUGACGUAUAUGGUGUGGCAAAAAGCAGUUAACGAUUAGUAUUCUUUCGGAAAACCGAGUGUAAAUGGUUGUUUCAUAGGGGAGUUGGGUGGGGUGGAUCGCGCACAACCGUUACCUCUGAUGAAGCGAGAAAACUGUUCCGACCAGGAAAGGCAUCAUGGCUACACAGGGAAGUUUGCUGUUAGCAUUGUUUGUUCUACUGGGGACUUGUUUUAAAGCCGAUUGUCACUCCCACGCAGGAGAUUGUACAAUGGACAUGGAUGAGUGCGUGUUUCACCUUGACGUUGAGCACAGACUGACAAUGAUGGAUCAACGGACGCUCACAUUUCCGUCCAACGGAAAACUUUUCGCAUACGACGUCGUGAACACCUCCGACGCGUCACCUAUUCCAGCUGACAAUGUCAUUACUGGAGACGGGUGGGAAACUCCGAAGCUGAUCACGGCUGUUAACGGGAAAUUUCCUGGACCCGACAUCAUUGUUUACGAAGGACAAAAGGUAGUAGUUUUUGUUAAAAACCGGCUUACAAGCCAGGCGGUUACCAUACACUGGCACGGACUGCACCAGGAGGGAACACCAUGGAUGGACGGGGUCCCAUAUGUUACACAGUGCCCUAUCCACCCUGGACAGACAUUUAAGUACGAGUUCUACGCCAAGCCCAAGGGGACAUUUUGGUGGCACUCACACAUGGGAACGCAAAGAACGAUGGGCGUAUUUGGAGCUUUUAUUAUUAAAGAAAGGCUGGAGUUUGAUGUCGAAGAUAAGAUCAUGCAGAUUCAGGACUGGAACCAUGACCAUGAUUCGGACACAGGUCAUAUGAAAAUGUUGUUUGGUGCUUACCAGGGAAGACAGAAAUGGGCUGGAUAUAAAUCUCUUGACGAUACAUUCUUCAGUAUUUUCGAAAUUCAAUCUGGACUCAUCAAUGGUAGAGGUAGAUUCUAUGAGGAGAACAAUGUAGACCAUAAUGGUGCCCCACUGACUGUCUAUGACGUCCAGCCUGGUAAAGUUUAUAGGUUCCGCGUUAUUGCUACUGGUGCUUUAUACCCCUUUAGAGUCUCUGUUGACAACCACAAUCUUACAGUUAUUGCUUCUGACGGAUACGAUCUAGAACCUGUAGUGACAGAGUCUUUUAUAAUAAAUCCAGGUGAAAGAUUCGACUUCAAGAUCAUAGCAGACCAAACUGUUGGAAAUUAUUGGAUAAGAGGAAUUUCAAUAGUUCAGGGGAGAUAUCACAGAGCGGACGCAAUUUUAAGAUACAACGGGGCCGGCGACGAGGAUCCACGGACGAGCAGAAAAGUUUGUUCGCAGACUUCAAGGUGCACGGUUGUUAAUUGCCCCUUUACGCAAUAUCCUGAAAUGUAUACAGAUUGCAUGACAUUUGACCAGUUACGGUCUGCUGUUUCAAACGACCCAGCACCGCCUUAUAUUGUUGGGAAAUUUCAAGAAUAUUUCCUCAACUUUGCCUUCCCAGGAAUCAAAACGUUUCCAGGGUCUGUGAAUGGCCGGUCGUUUGCUACGCCUGAUGUGAACCCUCUGGUCCAGCCACAGGAGUGGUCCUCUCCUUGUACCGAGCCUAAAUGCGGACCGGACAACCAUUGCAGAUGUACUCACGCUUUAAGCAUUAGUAACGGAGACACAGUCCAGAUGAUAUUUAUGAACAUGGGAGUAGGUAGAGGCUGGGCUCAUCCUAUCCACAUGCACGGUCAUUCAUUCUACGUCCUAAAAAUUGGAGACGCUCAAUACAACGAUACAACUGGAGCAUUCGUCGAACAGAAUAGUGACGUGGAUUGUCGUGGAAACCUGUAUACAAGACCCGACAAAUCCUUUUGCAAUGAUGCUACAUGGUCAAACCCAGACUGGCUAAACGGCGAAGUUCCUGGCUUGAACCUCGACCGGGCUCCCCGUAAGGAUACGAUCAUUGUCCCCAGUGGUGGGUAUGUCGUCAUCCGCAUAAAAGCAGACAAUCCCGGCCUGUGGAACAUGCACUGUCACAUCGAGCUUCAUAACAUUGAUGGUAUGCAGAUGGUCUUGAACGAGUCCUUCAGUGAGGUACCAAGCGUACCGAAAGGAUUCCCGGAGUGCCACUCUUAUCCUCCAUCUGCAGCAAGAUUGGUUCGUGAGAAUGAUGCACUACAAUAUGGAAUGGAGGGAAAAAAUGACGGUAUCUUCAGUGAUCGGAACUAUACAAUCCUGUUCUACUUGAUGGUAGCAGUGUUGGCCAUGCAGCUUUUCGUUUUUCUCGCAAUCUGCUGUGUCUGCAGGAGACAAUCAUCUCACAAGUCUGACUCGUUCUCACCAGGACAGACAAACCGGGCUUUCUCCGGAAAGUAGACACUGUAUAAUGUGAACAGUAGUUUCACACGGAAACAGUGAUGUUCGGCAAUGCAAAAUAUUGUCAAAGCUUGAAAUGUGUUGUUGAUGUAUUAAGAAUAACUUUUACUUUUCAUGUUACCUAAUAUUACAUUUUCAUUUUAUUUUGCCGGCCAAGAGCGUUGUAAAGGAAUGUUUUUUCUUCAAUUAGUUUAAUAUUUGUAACUUUGGCUAUUAAAUUUGAAUGCUCUACACACGUUAUGGCCAUGGGAAGAGCUAAGGCCGUAUCAAAAAUCGUAGAUAAAACUGCUUUAUUAACAUGUAGAGUAGUUCUUAUGUAGAGAAUGCUAAAUAUGAAUACUUUAACAUUAUCAUGUUUAUAUCAGCAUCGAUUAACUUUUGACUGAAACUGCUCCCUCUAAAACUACUGCUAGCCAUCCGUGACUGAGAAGUUUAAACACUAGCUAGAUUACUAAACCAGAGGCCGUCGCUUUUCAAUUCAUCUCCGUCUGUUUGAUCAGAUAGGCAGGACAUGAAGGUAAUUGCCUUUACGUUUGUUUGAAAUUAAACCAUAUAGUCAUUAACUUUGAUGCCGCCAUGGACUACCUUUAAACGGCUGACGAAAUGCCCCCUAGCGGAAAAAAUCACCCUGAGGCAAUUGUCACGUCUUACUACUGAUAAAUCUUAAAAUCUGUGUUUCAUUUAGAUAUGUUUAUGGUUUCUUUCUUUGUUUAGAUGUCAAACUUGUGAUAUAUCUAUUAAUUGUUAUAUAUCUUUUGAUCCCA